AUGUCCAGCACUGGCAGCUCUUGCCGUAUACCUGUCUUACCUUACGAUCCGAUCGAUGCGGAUCGCGACACGUCGCGCUCAGCCCACGAGCAUGCAUGCGACAUUUUGAGACUAUGUCAAAGACUCUCCACCCAAGGAUCUGCCUUUGGCGCGAGAGAAGAUUUGGACCACACGCAGCUACCAAUGCUGCGCUUCGCUGAGACCGUAAUUUCCGCCUUGCCAACCGAGUUUAGCACGGUUACAACCUCCAUGAGGAAUAUGUGGCAGCAAACAUCUCAGAAAGUCGUAUCCGAUAAUUGUUUCACCAUUGUUGAGGGCGUAAACCCUGGUGCCGAAGCACUCCCACCCGUCCUCAUGAAAGGGUCAUCGACCAAUGUCGGCACGCCUGUCGAGCAAAUCGUCCUGGCAGACUCCAACUGCCUUCCAGAAAACGGCCUCUUCGAAAUUCGGGACACGCGUACCGGCCGUCGCAUCCACCCCUCCGAACUCCCGUUUACUCUGACGUUUACACCUUACUCAUCGUCCAUCCCCCCGUUCUCCAAAUACUACGGUCCAAUAACAGCCAAGGAAUUUGAAGCCACCAAAAAAGCCGAGGAGUACAACGAAAGGAAGAGAAAGUACGAGGAGUCAAACUACGUUUUCUAUGAGGGUUGCGGUGCUCCCAUCUACCGUCCUCCGAAAUUACCCUCCGAUGCGGAUGAGAAUAUGGAUUUUUUGACGAAGUGUAUGAAGGAGGAUCGGGUAGAGAAGGAUAAGGCGGCCUUGAGGAUGAUGGUGAAGUUUGAGCGGCCAAAAGCUUUGAGGAAAUUGAGAAAGCGCCGCCGGAAGCUUCGGAAAAGUGAGGAUCAGGGCAUUGACGAAGAAGGAGGGGUAAGCUCGACACAACUUGCAGAUGGGAACCAGGGUACGCAGGAAAGGUCCGGCACAAAAAAGCAAUCUGCUCGCCAUGGCGCUCCAGCGAUAAAACCGUUGGGAAGUGUUGCUGAGCUACUCCUUGCCAGGAAGAACAGGAAGAAGUUGCCGUUCUCCUUUCGGCGACCACGACUAUUCAGAGGAAUGUUCAGAAACUAUAAUGGCUAUGCAAACCUUCGGGUCAAGUCAAUAGCGAAAAAGGCCGCACUAACCUCCAUUUACGCUAAUGUAUUGGACACAUCGCCAUCAACCGCCCUGCUCACCCCCUCCCCGCCAUCAGCAGGCUCUACAGAAGCAGCAACGUCCUCCCGGGCGGGUUCUACACCGCCUGUGACCAACUCUACGCCAUUCUCCCCAUCUGGUUCGAUCUCUUCGUGGCUAACAACGAAUGCAGAACCUUCAAAGGCCGAACAAGCCCACUGGCACAUCGUCACCCCUCCUGUUGGCAUGGAUCAAGCGAGUCCCAUCUCAUCCCAACCGCCGGAGACAUCCUCGGAGCUUUUCGGUGUCCCUUUUACACCUACACUAUCACCUCCCGAAACCGCCAGUAAGUCAAAGGGGAAAAGCUUGAAGAGGGCUCGAGAGUCAGAUGGAGGGGAAGGUGAUGAGGUUAAUGGCGCUCGUCCUCCCAAGCGUUUGUCUCCCUCGCCUGUUCCUGUGAGUGAUAUACUGGAAGGGAAGAACAGGGCUCGAGACGAGGAUGGGGACCAUGUCGACGUCGACGAGGAAGGCGCUCGCCCGAUGAAACGCGUGUGUCCGAUCCAGAGUUAA